AUGGGAUUUGAAACACAUUGUGAUGCUGCCAUUCAUGGCUCAAGGCCAUAUCAUACCAUUUCUAGCACUAGCAAAGCAAAUCUAGCAAAGCAAAUCCAGCAAAGAACAAACUUCACCAUCACCAUUGCCACAACCCCCCUCAACAUCCAGUCCCUCCAAUCCACCAUUGCCACCUCAUCAAACAACAACACCAUCAACUUGGCUGAGCUUUCAUUUUGUAGCACAGACCAUGGCUUGCCCCCAAACACUGAAACCCCAGAGAACUUGCCUCUCAGCAAAUUGAUCAAUCUUGUUGCUGCUUCUGUCAGCCUUGAAGCUCCUGCUCGCCGCCUAAUCUCCGACAUCAUGGAAAAGGAAGGCCGCCCGCCGCUUUGCAUAAUCUCUGAUGUGUUUUUCAGCUGGGCUAAUGAUGUUGCAGACAGCUUAGGAACUGUCAAUGUGAGCUUCACCACAGGUGGUGCUUAUGGAACUGCAGCUGACACCUCCAUUUGGCUCAACCUACCACACCGCUCUACAGAGGAGGACUUCUUCACCGUUCCUGGGUUCCCGGAACGGUGCUGUUUCAAUAUCUCUCAGCUGGAUCCAUUUACAAGAGCUGCAGAUGGUACAGAUUCUUGGUCCAGAUUUUUCCAGCCCCAAAUUGCACUUUCUGCUAAAUCUUUUGGUUGGCUGUGUAAUACUUUGGAGGAAAUUGAACCCUUUGGAUUGGAUGUCUUGAGGAAUUACGUGAGGCUUCCUAUUUGGUCCAUUGGGCCUCUCAUUCCUAGAGAGGCACUCAAGAACUCAUCCACUUUGGAUGUAAGUGUCUCAAGGCAACGUGCAGGAAAAAAACUGAGUUUUCCUGCUGAGAAAUGCCUUGAAUGGCUUCAUCAACAUGCUUCAGAUUCUGUUAUUUAUAUUUCGUUUGGUUCUCAGAACACAAUCAGUGAAACCCAAAUGAAGGAAUUGGCUAUUGGGUUGGAAGAAAGUGGGAGGGCUUUCAUUUGGGUCAUAAGGCCUCCAGUAGGGUUUGAUUUGAAAGGAGAGUUCAGAGAAGUGUGGCUGCCUCAAGGAUUUGAAGAGAGAAUGAACAAAAGCAAACAAGGCUUGUUGUUGCACAACUGGGCACCUCAGUUGGAUAUUUUGUCACACAAAUCCUCUUUUUCCCCGAUCCUUGAAAAAUAGAUUCGGUCAACGGAGCACACCCGGGGGUGUUGGCCAAAGCUCCUCUGAUACCUAAAUCAGUUAAAUGGUCUUAGGAAGAAGCAGCUUUAACUGAAAAGGGUGGAGCUUUCUCUACGGUACAAGAGAGGAGAGGGGUGGCUUAUGGCCGUGAGAGAGGGAGAGAGUUGGGAUGACAACAGGCCGGAUAUGACAAUACCAUCCCUGUCCCCGCUUCCCAUCCCCACCCCAUCCCCGGUGAAGAGUUUUUGGGGGAUCCCCGUCCCCGUCCCCAUAAGGGGGAUAUCGCCCAUCCCCGCCCCAAAUCCCCGAUUCUUGAGCUGGGAUCAACACAACCAAAUCCUACUCCAAAACCCAAUUCUCCAAAGGUGACCAGAUAAUUAGAGAAACGAAAAGGGUAAACAAACACAGGAGAAAAAAGAAAAGAAAAAGAGAAGUGAACAGUGCAAACUCGUU